AUGGAUUAAUCUUCAUCAAUUUUGAAUGUCAAGAGGGAGAAGUUCAGAACUGCCAUUAGAAAAGAGUUCAUUGAAUAAUAACUCAAAAAAAAGAGAAUCAUUAUACCAGAAUAAGAAGAUCUUGAUCUGAAUGAUAAACUUAGGAUUAUUAAAAAACAAAUGAUUGCCAUUCAAGAAAAUAUCGAAAAUGAUUUUCCUAAAGCUAUGAUCAAAUAUUAUGAUUAUUUAGUAGAGCAAGAUCUCAUGAAUGAUUUGCUUCUCUAAUUUGAAUUGAAUUGUCAACAAAAUUAUAGAAUUACCAUUUAUUGGAUCCUUUGCAAUCUUACUUUAGGAGAUAAAGUUGGAUCUAGAUUUCUAUUUGAUACGAAUUUCGAUUUUUUAAAAAUACUUUACACCGAUAUUCGAAAUCCAAUAUACAAUGAAUUUGUUAUUGAAAUCAUUUAAAAUUUAUUAGCAGAUUAUGAUAUUGACGUUUUCGAAUAUUUAAUGAAAGAUGAUGAAUUAUUAUUAGUCCUUAAUAAAAAUGCUAAUAUUAUCUCAGAGGAAACAUACAAAAAAUUAUUAGUCCAUAUUUGUGUUAAAAUUGUUUAAUUUAAGUCAAUAUUGAGUAAUUAUUUAGUUGAAACAUUGUGUUAAUUAAUGCCUUAACAUAUAGCAUUUCAAUGUGCUUACAUUCUAACAUCAAGAAUGGAAUUCAGCAAUCAUCAUUUGGUUCUUCAUGCUAUUAGAUAUUUACUAAAAAAUGAUGAUAAUAUCACUUCAAUAAUCUUAAGAAUUUUACAAGAAAUUACGGAUUCUUAUUUACUCUAUUAGAUAUUCUAACAAAAAGAAAUUAAUAGUUUUAUUUGUAAUUUAUUUUUGACAUCAAAAAAUCCACAUUGCAUUAAAGCUCUAUUAACUUUAUUUUAUAAUGUAGUAGAAUUGGAGGAAAUAUAAUAUUACGUAUGUUAGAAGGAAGUGUUAAAUUUGAUAAUAGAAAUUUCAUUGGAUUCUGAAUACUUAGAAAAAAGUUUAAAUGUCUUAGAAUGUCUAAUGAAAGAUGAUGAAUUCUUACAUGAUUACCCUUAACUUAUAGAUGAAAAUUAUUAUUGUUCUUAAUUACUUAAUUUGAAUGCAGAUGAUCCAAAUAAUUAAAUUGCUAUUCUAAAGUAUGUUAAGAGAAUAUUAGAAUUUGGAGAUACAAUGAGAGAUGAUGUGUAUUACAAUAUAUUGUAUAAAUAUAAAAAUAAGGUAGAGUUUUUGUUUAUGUCCUAAAACGAAGAUCUAUCAAGUAUAGCAAAAUAGUUACUUACAUGUUUUGAUUGA